AUGGCAAUUACACUGCGAAAUCGCGUAUUCACUCUGCACGCAACCUCUCUUCGUCAACCCUCACUUCGGCCAUGUCCGAAUGCCCCACUCUUCUUGCUCUCUAUCAACCUUUCGCCGCCCACCCACCACGGCCGAAGUUUCCAUGCCUCCACUUCCAAAACCGCGAGCCCAGCAGCUUCAGACUCGGCCCGGAUCAUCCAGAAAGUUUUCUGCAUCCCACCUGGGGUCGAUCAGGUCGAGGUCUACGAAGACAUGGUGCUUCCCGGGUCGAACGUCAUCGCCGGACCCUACGUGGGUCAUGCCCAGAUUAAGGAAGUGGAGUUGGUGAAGAGCAGUGGGAGGGCCAAGGACUGUCCCAAAGUUGGGAGGCCCGAGUUUGCCAUUCUGGGUCGGUCUAAGGUGUGCAAGCCUUCGCUUAUCAAUACUCUGGUUCUGAAGAAGGAAGCUGCAGUCACAUCCAAGAAACCAGGUAAGACUCAGCUUAUAAAUCACUUCUUGGUGAACAAGAGUUGGUACAUUGUGGAUUUCCUUAAAUUUCUCAUCUAUGUGGCAGCUUAUAAAUGCAAAAAAAUCGCAGAAUGUGAGCUAAUAUCUGGUGGACGGUGGGAGGUAGUUGGUGGCGGAGGACAGUGGACGACAGCAGGAGGCGGACGGCAGUCGCUGUGCGGAGGAUGGUGGCAGGAGGCGGCUGGCACGAAGGAUGGUGGCAGGAGUGUCCCCAUGAACCUGGGACGUUCGCCCUGGACGCUUGCAGCAAUGAACCUCGAAUCAACCCAGAGAUCCAAGGUCGACUGA